UUCUCAGACGGUCCUCUCAAUCAUCCGAAUGUCGUCUUUGUUUUGGGGGGGCCUGGAUCAGGCAAGGGCACACAAUGUACUCGACUGGCACAAGAAUUCAACCUUGUGCAUCUCAGCGCCGGCGAUUUGCUCCGCAACGAGGUCAACACCGGAUCUGAAGUUGGCGAGAUGUGCUCUGCGUUAAUGAAAGAGGGCAAGCUUGUGCCCAUGGAAAUCACGAUCGGGCUUCUGAGAAAAGCCAUGGAGUCUCACCGCGAUGCCUCGGGAUUCCUGAUCGACGGAUUCCCUCGUGCGCUGGACCAGGCCCACGAGUUUGAACGGACGAUCGGUCCCUGCAGGAAGGCUUUGUUCUACCACUGCACCUUGGACAUACUCGAACAGCGCCUGCUGGAGCGUGGAAAGACCAGCGGGCGGGACGACGACAACAUCGAUGUGAUUCGAAAGCGAUUUGCCACCUUUGAGAGCCAAAGCAUGCCGGUGAUUGACUACUACGAGAGCCAAGGCAAAGCUGUCAAGGUCAGUUAUGGCUCCCAUCCACUUCACAAUGGAAAUCGCUCUUCGCGGCGAUUUAGUGACGAUGUCUCGGAUCUGUCGUGCUCAACAUUUGCAAUAAUUGCACUUCUGCAGAUCUCAUCAAUACCGCCUAUUGAGGAGGUCUACGCCCAAUCCAGGAGUGUUUUUACUGAUGCACCGCUAAGCAAGGAGCCAGAGCUUGCAGGUAUGCGGCAUGGAUGA